UUUGUUGUUCUGAUCUUUGCACCAUCAUUUUUGACACGAUGAAAAUCUUUGCGUACACUUGUUGUCUUCUCUCUGCUCUGAGUGCAGUGCAGAUGAAGACUGUCGAUAUAAAUGGACGUGUCGGGGAAACUGUGACCAUCAGAUGCUUAUUCUGGCCUUAUAUCACAGGGAAUGUAAAGUACUUUUGUUCAAGUCCUUGUACAGAAGACAAACACGUUAUCAUCAAAGCAGGAUAUGAAAAGAUCAACCGUAAGGAUCGAAUUAAGUUAUUCAACAAUGGAGAGGUUUUAUCUGUGACCUUCACUGAUCUUCAAAAGUCAGACGCUGGAAAAUAUUAUUGUGGAGUGGAGAUAGUUGGGAUAGAUGCAUACAUAAAGGUGAAUGUUAACGUCAAGGAUGCUGAGCCUUCCAGUCCCAUUAAGACUCCAAUAACAGUCACUGUUACUGUAACAACAACCAGCCCUGUUACAUCUCCACAUGUCUCUGAUGGUUUUACUGACAUGUCUACGACAAACCAAACCUUAAAUACCACAACACUGCCUGCAUCUGUGACAAAAGGAGCUGGAAAUAUUCUACAUCUGAAGAUCGUUGUCAUUUCCAUAUCAACACUUCUGAUGGUCAUUCUGCUUCUGAUAAGAAAGAUGAAAAACAAGAAACAGAAGGUUGUGUCAAGUGCUCAUGUGCCACAGGAAGAUGCACGGGAGGCUGUUGAAUCUGAUGACAUCCGACUUGAAGAUCAGCAACCAGUGAGCCGACAUGAAAGGUCGUCGACCCUCUACUCCCCUGCAGAUCCAGACAGCAUCUACAUGAAUUCCUCCAACCAACAAGACACCGAAUCAGCAGCUCAAGGUGACAACUACUAUUCAAACGACGUUCCUCUAAAUCAAGCCUCCUUCUCCGGGGUCCAUUCAAGAGGGGCAUCUAACAGAGCAGUCACAGAUCAACAAUUGAACGAUUUAUACUCUGUUGUUCAAAAACCCAAACAGCAUAUCAAACCCACGAGGAAACCAAAUCAUUCCGGAGGCAAAGACAAUGACUUUUUAUUCUCUGGCUCAGCUAACAACUUAAAUCUGAUUACGGGGAUGUAA